CUGUUUAGUAAUGCAAUGCUCCACCAAUGGAGCUAUGGGAACACAUUAGUUAUAUUUUUUUAUUUGUUUAGUGUCCUCAGACAUAUAUCAGUCCUAAGUGGAAACAAUUCAUUGUGUGACAAAAACCAAACAGACCUUUAUCAGUUUCUACCAUCAGAUCAACUAGAUGACAUCAUUAAAAGCAGAGCAAAAGAGUACAAGGAACAUCAGCUCAGAAUGAAGACAAAUAUGGACAUUCUCAUUGCAAGGGCCAACUCUCCUCUCCAAUAUCCCAUCAGAGGUUUCAAUGUAGCUCCUCUACAAAAAAGUCUGAUACCAGGUCUUGCCCUGGAUACACAAAACAGGGAAGUUUACAAGGUAUCUUUAAGUGUGGAGAAAGGGGUGCUGUCAGUGGAUGGUGAUGUAAAUGAAGAACAGGUGAAUGGACAGGGUGAGAGUAAAUUGACUAUCUCAUCCUCAAGCCUUAAACAAGUCAAUGAUCUGCUGAGAAGAGUGACCUACACCAGCACCAUCUACCACAUCAGAACAUCAGACUUGGUUUAUUUUAGUUUUGAAGACAGUGAGGCCGUAUUUCCAGUCAUUAUCAGAAGACCUACAGUUCCUGUUCUGUACAAUCCAGGAAAUGAUAUCAACUCACAAGUUACUAUUACAACAAAGACAUUUCUGAGAUAUAACAAAUUAAAAGUCCUCAUCAAGAGUAUCCGCAAGGUUUACCCGAAAAUCAAGAUCAUCAUCGCUGACGAUAACCCAAAUCCGGAAAAUCUGUCUGGUGACAACAUAGAGCAAUACAUCAUGCCACCUGCACAGGGCUGGUUUGCAGGGAGGAAUUUGGCUGUAUCACAAGUCACCACUAAAUACUUCUUGUGGGUAGACGAUGACUUUGAAUUCUUGGAUGAGACUCGCAUUGAGAGCUUUGUGAAGAUUAUGGAAGCGAAUCCAGAAUUGGAUGUUGUUGGUGGAGCAGUCUCAGGUGAACAGUAUUAUUUCAGUCUUGAGUAUAUUGAAGAUGAUGAAGGUGGCAGUUUGAGGCGUUUUCAAGGAAGGCAUCAUAAGCCACUUUCUGGAUUUGAUGGCUGUUUUUUUGUGGACGUGGUGGUGAAUUUCUUUUUGGCUCGGACUGAUGCAGUGAGAAGAGUUGGAUUUGAUCCCUUUCUGAAAAGAGUAGGACACACCGAGUUCUUCAUCGAUGGUCUUGGAAAGCUGUUGGUGGCAUCCUGCAAAGAUCUCUCUAUUGGCCACCAGAUACAUGAUGCACAUGAAGAUUAUGAUGUUUAUAGGAAUGAGGGGGAAUGUGAAAAAAAUAAAAAAUAUGCCCAUCAUUUUUAUAAGAAUUAUCUGAAUUGUAUCAAAUAUUGAAGGGUUUUUGUCUCUCUGAUAAUGAGCAUGACCAGUCUGAUCUGCUAAUGGUUAAACUAGGGAAUUAGGACGAUUCUAAGGGCCCAUGAACUUUUGGGGGCCCCAGCCAAGGACUGUGCUGCGCGCACAACCCCCUUAGGGCCUUCUUGCUCUGCCCUGUCUUUACUCUUCGUUUUUAGCACCUUUUUCAAUCCACUGGUCUCACAGUGUGAAGUGAACUUCAGAAGAAAACAAGGUGUGUGUGUGUGUAUUUAUUUACUAUUUAUCUGCAUAUAAGACACUUUCUUCAAGCAGUGGUACAGGAAAAAGUUUGCAUCUUUCAAGAAGACUGAUUAUUUUGUAAGACAACGCUCCAUCACAUGCAUCACAAGUACUCCACUGCAUGGCUGGCCAGUAAAGGCCUUAAAGGUGAAAAACUAAUGCCAUGGCCCCCUUCUUCACCUGACUUAAACCCUAUUGAGACCUUUUGAUCCCUUCUUAAGCAGGACUGAACACUGAACUGAACAGUGUCUGGGAGGCUGUGGUUGCGUCUGCACAAAAUGUUGGUUCAGACCAGAUCAAGAAACUGACUGAAUCCGUGAAUGGAAGGCUUGUGACUGUUAUCGAAAAGAAGGGUGGCUAUAUUGGUCACUGAGUCU